AUGGAAGCGUUGGACAAAUUCUACCAGUUCGAGCGCUUCAUGUGCCCGAUCUGCAAUGCAAUCGGAUUUAAUGUGUUAAGCAAAGAGUGGAAAAAAAAUUAUCGCACCUACACGUCGAUCUUUCUGUGCGGACAAUACUUUAUUUGGAUGGUGUGGUCGAUCAUCAUUGCGAGUGAUGCAUUUGAGCUGCUGAAGUCUCUAUCAUUUCUAGGGUUCUUCUUUCAGUGUUCGCUCAAAAUGUACUACACAAGCGUCGACGCCGCACUGUACGGGAUCAACUUUGACGGUCUGAAGCAAACCAUCUACAUAGGACACACGAACGGAACUCCCGAGCAGAAAUCAGUGAUCGAACGCAUCAUCGGAAUAGUGCUGCUUAUUAUGAAAGUCACCACCGUACUGUACACUUCAUCUUUGCUCAUCUUUGCACUCUAUCCGGCCUACAUGUACUUUGUGGUAGGUGUGAAAGUGCCAAUCUUUCCACUUUAUGUACCAGGGAUUGACAUUUACUCGGCGUACGGUUACGGGAUGACCAAUACAUGCCACAUGGCGAUUGCGGUGUAUGGUUGCCUAGGUGCAAUUGCAUCUGACAACUUGUUCAUGAUGUUCGUGCUGCAUUUCGUAACUUAUGUUGAGCUGUUCCGAAUAGAGUGUGAACAGUUUCAGGAUGAUUUGAAAGAAGUUGAUGAGCGCUGUGAACGACACAUGCCCGAAUAUCAAUCCUUCUGUCGACAGAGGAUGCGCGACCUAUAUCAGUACCACCAGAAGGUAAUAUUGUACAUCGAGUCGCUGCAGGAGUGUUAUCAAAGUAUCUGCGUCGUGCAGGUUGGAAACUGCAGUUUUUCGCUCAUGUUUAACCUGUUUUUGGCGCUAACGACCGAUUGGUACGCUACGUACGGUUUCAUGUUUAUAUCCUGGUUUCAACUGUUUAUUUACUCCUUGCUCGGUACAAUAAUGCAGCUGAUGAACGAUCGAUUGAUGCGAUACAUUUGGAACCUUCCCUGGUAUAUGCUGCCGAGCGAUGAACAAAAGCGCUUCAUUUUUAUGCUCAGUCGAAGUCAGCUACCUGCCGAGAUGGUCGUCCAGAGCGUCGGCCCGCUCAACAUGGAAACCUUUACGGACAUAAUGCAGAAGGUUUACUCAGCCUUUACUAUGAUGUACAGCUUUCUGGUGGAUCUCAACUAA